AUGUUUAGAGUUUCUAAAUUUAAUAAAAGUUUAAACUCCUCAACGCCAAAGGUCGAUUUUGAAGUUUCAUUUUCUUCAAAAGCAGAUAUAGUAGAUUUGGAUUUUUAUGAUUCAGAUUCCAGUAUAGAAUAUCUACCGUCAUCACUCAAUAUUUUGCUAACUAAUGCAACUCAAGAAAAAGAUAAUUUCAACCAUAAAAGUAAUUUAGAAACAGAACUUUUGCCGUCUGUGCUUAAUUGCAGUGGGUAUAAAACCCAUGCACCAAUUGAUAGUUUUGGUACAACAUUAGAUGACUCUUCGGUUGUUGAAACUAAUGGUGAUGAUUCUUCAGAAGAAUCAGUUGAAUUCAAUAAUAAUGAUUCUUUAACAGAAAGAGAGAAAAAGUAUAAAAAACCUUCUCGCCCUUGCAUGUUUUGCCAAAAGAUACAGACAAGAUUGAAGCGACAUAUUCUGAAAAAACACAAAAAUGAACCUUUAGUAAUACCAAUUUUAUCUAUGAAUAAAAAAGAACAAGAUAGAGAACUAGAUGUUUUGCAAAAGAAAGGGAUUAGAAAUUAUAACUCUGUUAUUUUAAAAACAGAAAAUAAUGAGUUUAUGAGAGAGCGUCGUAAUUUCAAUUGUACGCAAGAUAUGCCAGUUAUGUGCUCUGAAUGUAAAAGGUUCUUUUCAAAAAAAUUUAAAGCUAGACAUCAACUAAAUUGUCCAGCAACCAAUAUAAAUGUUAUGGUGCCUAUUGUUUCUUUAACAUCCAUAAUUAAGGUUGAUGAAUAUCCUGAUGAUUUUAAAGAACUCUUAAGUACUUUGAUACUCGAUGAGGUUGGAGAUUGUGUUAAAACAGAUGAAAUUAUUUUAAUGGUUGGAUUAAGGUCAUUUGACUCACUUAAAAAAAAAAAAGAUAAAUUCAUAGAAGGUUGUAGAACUGUACGUGCACGAAUGCGUUUGUUAGCUCGCAUAUAUCUAUUGUUUAAGUUGUACUACAAGCAACAAACAAGUGUUAAACUGGUUUUAGAAAUGAAUAAUGCAGCUGAUAUGUUCCGCAGGGAAACCAUGGAUAUCUUGAGCAAAUCAAUAAAUAAACUUUGUGAAAACCCUGAUACAGAGUUAAAAGAAUUCUCUAUUUCUGGCCAGAAAAGUGGACUCAAAAUAAGUCAUUUUUUAGUUCAAAAUGAAGAUGAAAGAUCUAAUAGAGUAGUUGAUUUUCUAAAGGUAUUUAAGUUAUUUGAAAACCAAAUAUUUGGAGAUGCAUAUUAUGAUCUGAACUACAGGAAAAAUAAAAGUUUGCGGAAACCAAUAAACUUGCCAAACGAUGCAGAUGUGAUCUUAUUAUUUGAGGAGUGCAAAGCUAUUAUGUUGUCGAUAGAUUUGUAUGAGCACCCAUUAAGUAAUUAUGUUAAAAUUAGAUCUGCGACUGCUACUUAUCUAAUAAUCUUUAAUGCUCGCCGAGGUGGAGAACCUGUAAGACUUCAAAUAUACCAGUGGACUGAAGCUGUUAACGGAGAGUGGGUUAUCGAAGGUGACCUUCCAAAAGACUUUGACCAUAGUACUAUGCUUAUAACAUACCAAACAGGCAAAGGGGGCAAUCAUUUAGUACCCUUAAUUUUUCCAUUAGAAACCAUAAAAGCGAUAGAGUAUUUGACAAAUAAAAAAGUUCGUUUAGAAGGUGAAAUUCACAAAGAAAACGAAUAUAUUUUUGCUAGCACUCAAAACAGUCUAGGUCAUGCUAGUGGUUGGCACUGCAUUAAUGAUAUAUUAAAACGACUAAAUCUUAAAGGAGCAAUUAAUGCAACAAAAAACAAGCACAGAGUUGCUUCAUUACUUGCUAAAUUGCAUCUUUCAAAAAAAGAACAAGAACUAAUAUUUCAACAUUUUGGUCAUUCUGAACGAAUGAACAAAGAUGUAUAUCAAGCUCCUCCUGGAUCUAUGAAUGUAAUACACAUUGAAACUUGUUUAUAUAUGCAACUGCCUUUUAAAAACUCUAACCGUUCUUGUGGAGAUGAAAAUAUAGAUCAAAACUUAGACGAAUGCCAUGCCCCUGCUUACAAUGAUUCUCUUUGUAGUACAUCUGAAAUAAAUAAAAAAGGUUAG